CCGCUUCCCGGAUCUCGCGGAGGGGCGGGCCGGGGGCGGUGGCCCCGCGGGGCGCGCUCAGCCCCUGAGGUGCGGACUUGUAUAAACGCGCCCUCUCGGCUGCCGGUUGUUGCAGAGAGGCUUGCGGGGUCGGGAUGUUGGGGUCGCAUGCGGUCCAGGAGCAGAGCGCGGCGGGCCCGUGUCCCGCAGGCUUCGUGUUAGGGCUGGACGUGGGCAGCACGGUGAUCCGCUGCCACGUCUAUGACCACGCGACGCUGAUCCGCGGCUCCAGCGCGCAGAAGAUAGAAAGUCUUUAUCCUCAAGCUGGCUGGGUUGAAAUUGAUCCCGAUGUUCUCUGGCUUCAGUUUGUGACUGUAAUAAAAGAAUCUGUUAAAGCUGCUGGGAUAGAGAUGAAUCAAGUUGUUGGUCUUGGCAUUUCAACACAGAGAGGAACUUUUAUUACGUGGAACAAGAAAACGGGAAAUCAUUUUCACAACUUCAUUAGUUGGCAAGACCUAAGAGCUGUUGAACUUGUAAAAUCUUGGAAUAAUUCGCUCAGACUGAAGCUAUUACAGAAUUUCUGCCGAGUGCUGCACUUUUUUACUAGAAAUAAACGAUGUUUAACAGUCAGUUUGUUCAGUUUCACAAACCAGCAUGUUUCUUUGAGAUUGGCCUGGAUUUUACAGAACUUGGUUGAGGUGCAAAAUGCGGUUGAAGAAGAUAAUUGCUGCUUUGGGACUGUUGAUACCUGGUUGUUACAUAAGCUCACAAAAGGUUCUGAAUUUGCCACGGAUUUUUCAAAUGCCAGUGCAACUGGACUAUUUGACCCUUUUAAGAUGCACUGGAGCAGGAUCCUUACUUCCCUGCUUUCAAUACCACUGUCUAUCCUGCCUCCUGUGAAGGAUACAAGCCACAAUUUUGGAUCAGUGGAUGAAGAGAUAUUUGGUGUGCCUAUACCAAUAGUGGCCUUGGUCGCCGAUCAGCAAUCAGCCAUGUUUGGAGAGUGCUGCUUCCACACAGGAGAUGUGAAACUAACCAUGGGAACUGGGACAUUUUUGGAUAUUAAUACUGGAAAUAACCUUCAACAUAGUAUUGCAGGGUUUUAUCCUCUAAUUGGGUGGAAGAUUGGCCAAGAAGUUGUAUGCUUAGCUGAAAGCAAUGCAGGAGACACUGGUACCAUCAUAAAUUGGGCUCAAGAAUUAGAUCUUUUCACAGAUGCUGCUGAGACUGAAAAAAUGGCCAAAAGUUUAGAAGAUUCUGAAGGAGUCUGUUUUGUUCCAUCUUUUAGUGGAUUGCAGGCUCCACUAAAUGAUCCCUGUGCAUGUGCCUCUUUUAUGGGCUUGAAGCCUUCCACCAAUAAAUACCAUCUCGUACGAGCAAUAUUGGAGUCCAUAGCUUUCAGAAACAAACAGUUGUAUGAGCUGAUGCAGAAAGAGAUCCAUAUCCCUGUGACAAAAGUCCGGGCAGAUGGAGGAGUUUGUAGGAACAAUUUUGUUAUGCAGAUGACUUCAGACCUGAUUAAUGCUAAUAUAGAGAGACCCGUCAACAUAGACAUGUCCUGCCUUGGUGCAGCUUCUCUGGCUGGCCUUGCUGUUGGGUUUUGGGCUGACAAGGAGGAACUGAAGAAACUGAGGCAAAGUGAAGUUGUUUUCAAGCCGCAGAAGAAAUGGCAAGAAUAUGAAAUGAGCAUGGAAAACUGGGUCAAAGCAGUGAAGCGUUCCAUGAAUUGGUAUAACAAGAUGUAGCACUAAGUGGAAUGACUGAAACCAUAUACAGCUGGUUGAUACGACACGCAGAUGAGACACAGCUCAGGGAUGAUAACCAAUACAACAAUGACUGAGAUUUCAGAUGAGCUUUGUAAUCUGCUUUUUUGAAUACAAAACAAAACAAAAAAAUCCCUCAUUUAGAUUUUUAAAUCUAACCCUUGAUAAGACUGUAAGGCAACAGUACCUCAAAACUUUCUAUCUUCUGUUUUGUAGCAGAUUCCAAAUGCCGUUAGCCAUUUCCAACCAUAUUUUGACAGCUGCGGAUCCUUCUCCUUUUUAUACUGGGUCAAGAAUACAUAUGAACAUAAUUGUUUACUAUCUGAGUUGAUAGUUCUGGGUCAAGCACCAUUCGUAUUUUGUUCCAAAAUUAAGUGACAAAUGUUCCUUUAAUUCUUUAAAAUUAAAUGGGCUAUAUGAAGUUCCCAUAGCUAGGAAGAAAGAAUAACUGAGGAAAUGGGAGUUUUGAAACAUUAAUAUUUUAUAUUUAAAGUCAAAAUUGUUCAAUACUGUAUCCAGAUAAUGAGCUCAAAAUGCCCCUCUCAGAUAGGCUUAUUUGUUAAUCAGCUUUUUCCUUUAUUGGGCUUAAAGACACUGCCUUAAUUUUUCCUUGUUUAACCAAAAUCUAAGCAUUCUUUUUGUAUUGAAAAAAUAACUUUAGUGAAUUAUACUACAAAGGGUAAUGAUUCAUAAGGGACAAGAAAAUAUUUUCUUCCUCAAAUAGGAUUUAUAUUCAGAAACUUCUGGCUAAAGUGUAACUCUUUUUUUUUUUUUUUUUUUUUUUUUUACAAAAUGCAGAUACUGGAUAUAAAUCUUGCUUUUCUCUUUCUAUUCUUUAUCUUUGUCGUUGAGAUGCUUGCAUAAAUGUCUUUUGCUUUUAUUAAGUGCCUAAAUGACAGAGCUUAAUUUGAAGAAAGUGCCCUAACUCAUUGGUGAUAUAAGAAUUGCCUCCACUGGGGUAUUUUACUUAUCCAGGUAUCUUUUAUUUUUGUUCAAUCUGCUCAUCUCUGUGAGACAGGAGCAGUGGUUACCUGACAGAGUUAAUGGAGGUGUAUUCAUGCAAAUGAUUGCCCGACAGUUCCUGGGCCAGAGCUCCAUAGAGAGGAUAGUUCCACAUUCUCAUUGGAAUUGAUAGAAACAAUUGUAAAAGAAUCAAGAGUUAGUGAGUAGCUUCGGGCUGGUGUAAAAUUGUCCUGUGGCAGUUGACUACUGUCCAACUAGUUCUCAGGUUAUUUGGCCCUCCCUCCACUGGGGCUAGGUUCCAUUUUGAUUUGUAGCAAUAAUGAAUAUAUUUCCCUCUUGGACAGGCUUUAUCACAUAAAGAUCUACUGUUAUAGAGCUGGUUGUUAAAUACUAAUGUAAUUUUAAAAGUGUCUAUUAUAGGGAAUUUUGCUGUUGCCAUCAUAUAGGUCCAUUUCAGUGACAGAUAGAAUAGAACUAGAGGUCACACUGCAUUCCUGCAAAUUCCAUUUCAGUGAACUUUGUCUUCUUGUGUUAACAUUUUAGAUGGAAUCAUAAUAGCCAAUACAUAGUAUGAUUAACUCCAUUAAUUAAGAUAUGGAAAUAUUUUUUGAAGUGGAGGUAUUUUGUUUACUGUAAUAAGCCAGAUUCCAUUAAUUAGAUAAUAUUCUUCUUUUUAUUCUUUUCAUUUUUCUUAUGUCCCUUUUACAGAGCUUAAUGACCAAUUAUAGGCCCUUUUAUCAAAAUCAGAUCACAUACAAGCUGUUCCGUUGUUUGACUACUUCUUACAGAUUCUGCUUCUCAGUGGGCAUGAUUUCAUAGGUAAGAAUUAUCUCUUUGUAUUAGGAUAUACUGAAUUGUAAUAUUAUUAAUACUUAAAAUUUGGUAGCUCAUUUCUUUUUCACAUUUUUCUUUCUUAUCAACCACAAAAUAAAGGAUUAAUACCUUUUAGAUAAUGUGAAAAAGUAACUGUGAACAUGUCUUAUCAGAAUCGAGCAUCUCCUCAAAAAUUAGUGGCUAAUUUUUUCUUUUGUUAGUCUAGAAUUAAUUUUUUUUUCUUUUUUUACUACUUCUGGCUGUUUUUAGUGACACAGUUUAGUAAAUCUUUUGCCAGAUUUGACCUAAAUCAGAAACUGCCCACAUUAGCUUUUGUGGUUAUAGAAACAGUUGAUAUUCAAAAUCAGUUGAGCAAAAAGGUUUAUCAUUUCCAUCUCCCAAGUUAAUUUUCAUUUAUAUGCUAAUAUUUGCUGUUUGAAAAAAUUUGUGCUAAGAUUUCUCGGCAUGUUUUAUUUUCCCAUUAUGGAUCUAUCAGAUAUUUUUAGGAGGUUUGUGGCUAUCUUAUCAAGGAGGAAAAUGCUUAUUAAUUGCUUUCGUACCUAGACUUAAUGAUUUUUAAUUUUUUUUAUAUCCCACCAUAAUAGGGUUUCGCAGUGUUAGCAUUAUUGACUUUUGGGCAGGUAAUUCUUCAUCUUGGGAUGUUGUAUUGUGCAUUAUAAGGUAUUUGGCAGCUCUGCCUGCUAAGGAGUAGCAUCCCCCAGUUGCUGUGGUCAAAAAUGUCUCCUAGCACUGCCGAAUGACCCCCAGGAGGCAGUAUCACCCCCGAUGGAGAACCACUAAUAUAGACUAUUAGAAGAAAAUUGAAGACUCAGCAAAUGGAGUGUGUCUCUGAUGCUCCUUUUCUCUCUGCCUCAUUUUACUUUAGGAAAUGGUUGUUAGCAAAAAGAGCUGGUUGUUAUCUUAAAUAGGGUUUCUACAUUACCGGUUAGUGAGGCAAAAAAAAAAAGAAAAAAGAAAAGAAAAAUUUUAUGUUGUAAUUUUCUUCUGCUAUUUUUACCCACUCGCCCCCAUCCCCAUGCCUGCAUCCUCUGUGGUUUAAUAAUUGGGCUUAUGACUUAAGUAUAGGAUUAAUACAUUCUGCAGAGCAUCUUGAUUUGAUCUGCCUUUUUGCUUCCUUUUCACCUCUGAACAAAAGAGAUGAUUACUCAGUUCUUAUCUGCGUCUGUGCAAGCUUCCUAUCAAACUGGAAGUUCCUCAAAAGCAGAAACCAUGUCCGUCACCUGGGUGGCUCAGUCAGUUAAGUGACUGCCUUCAGCUCAGGUCAUGAUCCUGGAGUCCCAGAAUUGAGUUCCACAUGGGGCUCCCAGCUCAGCAUGGGGUCAGCUUCUCCCUCUGACCCUCCCCCAUCUCCUGCUCUCUCUCAUUCUCUCUCAAAUAAAUAAAAUCGGAAAAAAAAAAAAAAAGCAGAAACCAUGUCUACUUCCACAGAAU